CGCACACUAUGGAUUUUCCGUCACUUUUGUAGCUCGAGUGUUAAUUUAUUUGUAUAUAUUAUUGUCGUCUUUUUUGGAAUAAUGUAUUUAUUACUGUUUUUGAGAAAAAAAAUACAAGUUGGCUAUGUUUAUAGGUGAAAUAACCUAACCAUCGAUAAAGUGUUUACAUGACCUGCCUUUAUAUGUGUUUGAAUUAUAUUCCUUACCGGCAAUUUCUGAUAAACUUUCGAAACGGAAAGAUUAAUUUAAUAUAUACUGGCGAUACUCAGAUACAUAUGGUAACUCAGAUGGCAUUUCCGAGGCUGCUAUUAAUUAGCAACCUAAUAUUCGCCGCUUUCAUUGAUAGAAAUGUGGUAGCUGAUUAUUUGUCCGAUGAGAUUACUCGUCCCUGUUUCCCGCAUGACAUAAUACCGGAGGAUUAUUAUUACGUCCAGCUAAGAUUACACGUCAAUGAUGAUGAUAAUAAUAAUUGUAAUAAUAAUAAUAAAUAUAAUGCAUCAGACUGUCGCGCAUCGUUUCAUUCGCAUAUCAAGACACAGCGAAUCAAUGGCGAUCUUACUUUCGAUGGCAAAGCCGUUAUACUUAUCAAUAUCACUCAUCCAAUGCGAAACAUGACAUUACGCCUACGACAAUCGCAAAUUAAUUUAUUAACAAUAAAAUUGAGAAGUGUAUCUAACAGAAAAUAUGAGAUCCAACCAGAAAAAUACUUAUACGAUGAUGAUGCGGAAACGUGCAGCCUUUAUUAUAAGAAUGAAUUAAAAGAAGGGCAUUAUAUUCUAAAUGCGAAUUUUGAGGGCACUAUGGGUAGAGAUCUCGAAAAUAUCUCUACAAUCUCCUAUAUGAGUAAAGGAAUGAAAAAGUGGGUGAUAAUAAGUGAAUUUCAAAUGCUUAUGAACCAAUUGAUAUUCCCAUGUUUGGAUCAAUCGAAAUUAAAUGUUAACUUUAACAUUUCCUUAAAGCAUAAUGGAUACACAAUAAUCUCGAAUAUUGACGAAAUAACGCAUACGGUUCAAAAUGGCAUGGCAUCAUGGCAAUACAGUAUUCCUCCUAUGUCAUCUAAUUAUUUCCUGUUUGCCAUAUUGAACGAUUUCAUUUAUAUUCAUUAUAAAGAAGAGCUCUUCUUGUGGUGCAGAGAACAGAUAUACUCACAAGUAGGCCUGUUUAUGUGGGAAUUUGUUGAAAAAAUCCCAAAAAAGCUAGAAGAGAAUUGGUAUAUUAUAGAAGAUGAGAAGAAUAAGAAAAAAACACAUUUUAUAAUUCCAGGUUAUCGAGAAAAUGGUCUAAAAACUCGAGGACUUUUUUAUAUAGCGAAAUAGAUGUCACAUACUUUCACUUAUUUGACCACAGUACAAAAGAAAUUCAAAUAGUGCAAUCAAUAACGCGGAAAUUAUUACAGCAAUAUUUCGGUGAUACAUCAUCUUGUUUGCUAGAUGGACUCAUUACGUUGUUGGAAGUGAAUACCAUCGAAGAGUUUUUGCCAGAAUCUCAAUGAUGGAUUUAUUCGUAGUUCAGAAGCAACACGAAUCUCUUCAUUUAAAUUAUUAUUUUAAUGGAGAAGCCCUAGAAAACAAGUGCUCUAAAAGCACUCGAACUAAUUCUUCUCCAUAUUACAACAAAGCUCCCUUUUUCCUGCGUAUGUUGCAAUAUUUAAUUACCCAUGACGUGUUUCGGGAAGGUGUCCACAAAUACAUAAAAAGACAUGCAUCUGACUCAACAACAGUUCCUAACAAUUUAUGGGCCGCUAUGCAAGAUGCUCUACAUGAGAAUUCACAAAACGAAUACAAGGAGAAUAUUCAUAACUUAACAUAUCUAAUGUCUAGUUGGAUAAAACAAAAACAUUAUCCUGUAGUGACAAUAAAACGACAUGUCGAUGACACUGUCUCUAUGCAACUAGAAAGUUAUAUUCCAACCGAUAUGAGAGAUACAUUGAUGAUUCCUGUAACUUUUACUUCGCAGUCACAUCCUAAUUUUAAUCAUACUUCGUAUAAAAACGUCAAAUGGUUAAGCAGUGUAUUACACAAUUGGCCGAUUGUUAAAUUCCCUUUGUAUUUUGAAGAGAAUGGUUGGAUCAUAGCAAAUUUAAAGCAAGCUAACUACUACCGUGUAAAUUACGAUUCUGAGAAUUGGGACAAAAUCGCGAAUUAUUUGAACUCUUCAAACUAUACGGAAAUACACGUUCUCAAUCGUGCACAAAUCAUUGACGAUUCGUUUCAUCUUGCCAUACAAGGAUUACAGGAUUACUCCUUAUUCUGGAAGAUUUCAAGCUACUUGUCGCGAGAGACAGAUUAUAUAGCGUGGUAUCCUAUGUUCAAAGCUCUUGAAUAUAUAUCUAGCAUCUUUCCUUUUGAAAAUGAAAAAAGAGUUCAAGAUAUCAAGGAUUUUCUAAAUAAUAUAUUUGAUGGUCUUUUUACAAAGAUAGAAUAUUUAUCUAACGAUACCGAUAAUGAGUUUACUAAAUAUUUAAAGCAAGAGGCCAGAAGAUGGGCAUGUACUCUUAAUCACAAUGAGUGUCUAAUACAAGCCUACAAUAAAAUGGGACAAUAUGCCGACAAAUCUCGAACGCAUAUGAAUCCAUGGGAGAGAGAAUGGACAUUCUGUCAAGGUUUUAAGUCAGUGGAUAUUUAUACUUUGAAACAGGCGUCUUAUAUAAUGUUGCACGAUUUUGGUGGUCAAGCUAUGAUGUUCAUGAGUUGUGUACGAAAGAUUCCUAUCAAUAAUGAAUUUUUUGAAAUUGUGAAUUUGCUCAGAUAUGAUCGAGCAAAGAUGACAGAUAAGAUCUUUCUUUUUUAUUCUGUUAUUGCAAAACAUGCUAGGGACCCUAAAACGCUUGAUUUUAUACUUUCGGAGUUUUACAAUAUAAAACCCAGCCAAAUUAAUACAGAAGCAGCAUUAAUUGUUAUUAUCAAUAAUAUAUAUUCAGAUGAAGAAAGCAGGAAGGUAAUCUCAUUUCUGAUACAGGAUGACAAUAUAAAUAGAUGCCUAAAGAAUAUCAUUAGAUUUAAGAUUAAAUUACGCGCAUCUCAAAUCAAAACUCAAAAAAAUUAUUUUCUGCGUUUAAAAUUUGCAGAAAACAUAAUAUACAACAACAAUAUACACCAUAACAAUAAAACAUAAAUGAAAAAAGAAACUAAUCUCUA